AUGAUGCAAACCAUGAAUUCCUACACUUUAACAGCAAAAACAGCUGAGAUCAUGGCUAGGUACAGACCCAUAGCUCCAAAACCGGAGGUUACGGCGAACGCAGCGGACGUGUCGGAGAACACAUCAAUGCCACAGAACAUCCGGCAAUCCGCUUACCUUAGAACCGUGUGGCCCGAUUUGCAGUCAAGGCCACAAGAACCAGAAAGAGAGGGAGGACUGCAAUUGCACCACCUACUGUCAAGAGACAAAGGACUUGUCUUCAAGGACUCUAUCCUAUUCCUCCUCCUCAGGUCAUGGCCCAAAAGGGUUUCCUCAGCUUAUACCUGUCCCAAUCUCAAAUAUCACCGCCCUCAACGGCGGCGUUGCAGUGGGAAAUUCAUGCACGUUGCCAGCGAACUUAGUCACACUACCUCUCCUCCCAAUUCCUUCAUCCUUACCAUCGAUACCCAACAAGCACCACCACCAGAAACCAUAGGUGUUCGAGUUUGUGGAGGCAACAAAGAUAUAGACUUGAACACGGAAGCCGAAGAUCCAGAAGAACAGGAUUUCCUGCAGCAACUGCAAGGACCCACCAGCCCAAUAUCAUUGCCCCACAGCCGGUUCGACCGUGACGACAGUGGUCGAACAACUUCUGUGCAACUUCUCAAGAAACCAGAGGAGGUGGAGGAAGAGGUCGAGUCUGAGGCCUUGCCGGCUAUUGUAUCAGAUUCAAACAACAAAGUCAGACUGGCGAAUUCCGCUUAUAAGGAAAUGGUGGGUCAGCCGGAAUGUUCAUGGCUUGACACCGCCGGUGGACGGAGGCGGUGCAUGCAAGAGGAUUGGUGGGGAGGUGAUGCUCAAGUUUUUGGAUGA